AUGCAGGAUGAAAUUGAAGACGUAGAGGACAACACCCUGAGUGACUUUUCGUGUCUAUGGACAUUGGGGUUGGAUUUCAACAGGUUGACACAUGUGAAACAGAGCUGGUUCACAGGCUUGAAGGAGCUCAGUGUCCUAACUUUGUCUAAUAACAGAAUCGACCAGAUUGAUCCAGGAUGCUUCGUGAACAUGAAAUAUCUUUUCAAGCUGAACCUCCAGCACAACCAGUUGCAGCGCAUAGACGCAGCCUGGUUCGCUGGCCGAAGCCUUCUAAUGUACUUGUACCUGGGGUAUAACAAGAAUGAAAUUGAAGACGUAGAAGAAAACACACUGAGUGAGUUUUCGUUUCUAAGCACACUGGGCCUUGAUUUCAACAGGUUGACACAUGCCAAAAAGAAUUGGUUCACUGGUUUGAAGAAGCUCAGCUUCUUGAGCUUGUCCAAUAACAAAAUAACACAGGUUGAGCCAGGGUGCUUCACGAACCUAUUUAGUCUUGUCCUCCUGAACCUUGAGCACAAUCAGUUACAGGUUGUUGACCCUACUUGGUUUUUCGGUCAAGCUGUAGGCCCCGCCUUGAUCCCUGACAAAAGGGAUAUUUUGUACUUGUACUUAGGGUAUAACAAUAUCAGAAGCAUCCCUGCCUGGGCAUUUCAAGACAUGAACAUGAUUGAAUUGCACCUAGAGAAAAAUGCUCUGUCUUGUCUAGACCGGGAGUUGAUACAGGGGAACGUGUUCUGA